AUGGAAAAUUCCGAAGAAAUAUUGCACAGCCUGGAAGAAUUUUCGAAAAUGAACCCGAAGGACAUACCCAGAGAGCUGGAGGAGUAUUUGAAGUUCGUCGCGAAAAACGGCGACCCCAUCUACCCCUGGGCCGCCAUAAAACGCCUUUUACACGAAAAACUGGUGAGCGUUAUAACUGAAUUUUACGAGUCCUGUUCGACGAUUCCGCCUUGCCCCAACGUGGAAUUGUUCAAUUACCAUAUCAUGAAAACGUUGAUAGUUGAAAAGCUGGACUCGUUUGCUGCGGCCCCGUUCACGUUGCAAAGAAUUUGCGAGCUGCUGACAAACCCACGAAAACAAUACACCAGAGUGGACAAAUACAUGCGAGCUCUAGAAAAAAACAUUCUAGUUGUAAGCACCAUUGAGCCUGGCGGCCGUAGAACUGAGAACGGAGAAGGUUUUAUGAAUGGGUUAGAUUCAGACCACGACCCAGUCCCGGAGCCCGCACACGAAAUUAAUGUCGAAUCCAUGGACGAUUCCCCUUUCAUGCAAACAAUUACUGAAACGCCCUACCACAAUGGCACUCAGAAAAUUGAAAUAGACAACCCCAUGGAUACAUUUACCACUGAAAAAGUUGCAGCUGAAGCAUCUACUUCUAACCAGGAACUUGUUUGUGUCCAAUAUGUUUCAAUUGAACCUGUAGCUGAUAAUACUGCUCAACAUUCAAAUGAAGAAACCAAAGAAACUGAUGUUUCUGUUACUAUUACUGCCAUUAAAGUUAAUGAAGAUUCUCAACCAAUUGUUGAAGCAGAAGUAAUUUUGACUGAACCUGCUUUGGGUGGCAUAGAAGUUUUUCAAGAGCCUAUUAUUGAAACCGAACUCAAACUCGAAAUGGAUGCUGAUCCUCUAAGCCAACCUGUCCAAGAUUCAAAACUUUAUAUAGACGAUCCAAAACUUUAUAUCGACGAUCCAGAAAUCAAUGGCAUUCCUAUAAUUGAACCAACUUCCACCAGCACAGUCAUUGAAAAACUUCUAGAAGAACCCACAGUCAGUACCUCAGAAGCUGUUUCCACCUCAACCCCAAUUGAAAAAGAUACUGAAACUAGCAUCAGUUCAUCAGAUGAUAAUUUAGAAAAAGAUGACAUAUUAAAACUUAUAGACAAUUCCUUUCCAACAUUACAAGCAAGUGAUACCAAAUGUGAAGUUACAACGACCAAAGAUGAUAAUGUUUUUUGUGGUGACGAAUUGGUGGCUGAAUUGGCUAGUGCUGAGUCUUCCACAGAUGUUAAUGAGGCUCCAAUUGUCAAAACAGCAAAACUAAAUGAAGAGGAAAAAGUUGUACCAGAAAGUGAAGAUGCUAUUACUACUAAGGCAAUGCCUGAAGAAUCUUCAGAGUCUCAAAGUGAUGAAAAAAAAGAUGAGACUACUAGUGAGGCUAUAUUAGCUUCUGAUGAAAUUAUUGAUGAAACAAAAGAGGCUCUUUCAACUUCUGAUGAAAAAGUUGACGCUAUUUCAGCUUCUGAUGAAAUAGUUGAGGCUUCUUCAGUGGCAGCAGAGGAAAAAGAUGAGGCUACAUCAACCUCUACUGAAGAAAAAGAUGUUCCAGUUCCAAUGGAAAUUGUUCCAACUCCAAUGGAAAUAGUUCCAGCUACUCAAGAAGCAGAAGUGGCUGAAGAAAUUUCAACCAAGGAGCCAGAAGCCACUGAACUACCCGUAUCAGAAACUUCUUAG